GCCUCAGUGUGAGUGUGAAGUUGAGCUGGUCGGCGUGUGCGCGGCGCUGCUGCGGCUCAGAGCGGCGGAGACUCGGCUCCACACUGAGGAGAUGGCAGUUUUUUGCGUGGAUCCCUUUGGGAAAUUGCCGGACUGUUGCUGCACGCGGAUGUGGCCCUCGCUCCUGAAGCUGCCCUCGGCGCCCUGAAAGGCUUGUUUCCGGCGGUGUGUCCCCCUCCUGCGCUCUGUCUUCGCUGAGAUGAGUACGUACUACAUCGCCAUUGAAUUGAUCAUCGCCGUUCUGUCGAUAGCGGGCAACGUGCUGGUCUGCUGGGCCGUGGCCAUCAACUCCAAUCUCAAAAACGCCACCAACUACUUCCUGGUGUCACUGGCUGUGGCCGACAUCCUGGUGGGCUGCCUCGCCAUCCCCUUCGCCAUCACCAUCAGCGUCGGCCUCUGCUCGGACUUCUAUGGCUGCCUGUUCCUGGCCUGCUUCGUGCUGGUGCUCACCCAGAGCUCUAUCUUCAGCCUGCUGGCCGUCGCUACCGACAGAUACCUGGCCGUCAAGAUCCCCCUCAGAUAUAAGGAGCUGGUUACAGGCAAGAGGGCGAGAGAGAUCAUCACCAUCUUAUGGAUUCUAUCCUUCAUCAUUGGCCUUAUCCCGUUCGCGGGCUGGAACAAUAAAAACAAUGCCUGCAUCCGGGACAGAAACUCAUGUGGUCUGUUCCAGAACUCCAGCUCCAGCUUCAGUGACGGAGAGACCCUGGACACAUACCAGAGCUUCUUCCAGAGCUGCCAUCUCCCCUGCCAGUUUGAGAACGUGGUGGACAUGAGGUACAUGGUCUACUUUAACUUCUUUGGCUGUGUGCUGCCACCGCUGUUCAUCAUGUUGGGCAUCUACGUUAAGAUCUUCACGGUGGCUCGGAAGCAGCUGCGGCAGAUUGAACUCAGGAGCUCGGUGGGGAACGGCGAGAGCCACCACCACGGGCUGCUGCAGCGGGAAAUCCGCGCUGCUAAAUCUUUAUCCAUCAUCGUGGGCUUGUUCGCCUUGUGCUGGUUGCCAGUACACAUCAUCAACUGCCUUACGCUCUUCACUCCACUGGUCAAGCCUGACUACGUCAUGUACGUGGCCAUCAUCCUCUCACAUGCCAACUCGGCCGUCAACCCCAUCAUCUACGCCUAUCGCAUCAGAGAGUUCAGGAACACUUUCCGCAAGAUCCUGUCACGACACAUUCUGUGCAGAAGGGACGAGAUCUACCUGAGCUCCAACGGGAGCAGCAGAAACACAGACCAAGUGACCAUGACCAUCGACCCCCUGUUAUAGCCAUGACUGAGUACAUAUGAUAUUUUAGUGUAAGCUAAUUUAACCUUAUCCUUAAUCAGUAUCGUUCAAAAUGUGGGGAGCAAUGUUUACAGACCAGAGAAUAGCUGCAGAAAUAUCAGACGGGGCGUUUAGGAAAAUGCCCAGAAUGUGGACCACUGAGAUAUUGAUGGGGACUGAAAGGACCUUUAAUCAGAGCUAAGAAAGCAGGUCUCUCUCUGGGACUUUUAUUGUUAAGACUAUAGAGGGAGAGACCACCAAGCUUUUCUCUUUAAUCACUACAACCCCGAUGGAAUUCUGACAUACAGCUAACAAGCUCGAACAAACUGUACACUUCAUUCCAAGCCUUAAGAAACAUACAACACAUUCAGCCACCUCCAUUUACGGUAAAUAUAACAUAACAUAACAUCGUCUUGAAGGUCUCAAAGUUACAUGACUUGUGAAUGACCCAAAGGAACAAUCCACAGCCAGAUCAGAACUUCAGCUGAUCACACAGUCAUAGUGAACACACAUAGAAGGGCACAUAGAAGAGGUUCAAACACUUGUAGGACCUGUAGGGGUCUGUUAAAGUGCCAUGCUUAAAAUUUUAAAUCUUUUUAAUCUUUAAAUUUUACAAGCUCACACUAGAAAGCUCAGGAAACCAGGGAAAGAGGUAAAUGCAGACAGAAAACAUACUGAGGAAGUUCAUUGUUCAUGCAAAACCAGGCUGUGCUUCACUAAAAAAUAUAUCAAUGUAAACUGAUUGCUAUAGAAAGACUGGUUUAUUAAUAAAGCUUCUAAUUGCUGCUUUCAGACAAAAACCUUGUAUCUUCAACAGACCAAUUUCGAAGCAUUUCUAGUGGUUUAUUCAUUACAAAUUUUGACAUAAUGUAAAAAAUAACUCACCAGCUUCACAUUAGAUACAUUCCAGUAUUCUCUUUUUUCCAAAUUUUCUUCCCCAUUUUAAAGGCCAAUUACCCAACCCUCUCAUUAGGACUUCUCCUAUCACUAACGAUGCCCCAACACCAGGAGCGUGAAGACUAGCACAUGCCUCCUCUGAUACAUGUGAAGUCAGCCACUGCCUCUUUUUAAACUGCUGCUGAUACAGCGUUGCCAAGUAGCAUCACAGAGCACUCGGAGGAAAGAGCAGAAAUUCGGUUCUGAUACAUCAGCUCACAGACACCUUGUGCUGAUUAAUAUCACCCUUUGGAGUGAUGUGAGGAGAGAGUGCGCCAUCUACCCACCCAGAUAGAGAGCAAGGUUAAUUGUGCUCUCUCAGGGCUCUGGCAGACGAUGGCAAGCUACAGGACUAGGAUUCAAACCAGCGAUCUCCUGAUCAUAGUGGCAUAGCUUAGCUGCCACUUUUUUAGUUAUGUUACCUACAAUUUUCUGUAAACAUACAGCAUAAAAUAACAAAAAGUAAAACAACAGCAUCAAAAUUGGGCAAAAUGUCUGGAAAUGUUCAUUUUAAAAUGUUAUAAAAUUAUUUAUAAUUCGUUGACCAGUCCUACCUCACCCACUGCCAACACUACACUGGAUUGCAGCUAUUAUGUCAAAAAGUUACAAUAAAAAAAGAUUUACAAGAUUUUAGUCAGGCAGCAAUGUUAUGCUUGUGGAAUGAUGAACCAUUCCCAUAUUAUAAUUCAUAACCAAACUGUUUGCCAGCUACAAAGCAAGACACGCAAUGCAAAUUUCAACAUUUGUGAACGGCAUUUGUAACUGACCUUCUCCUCACAUUCUUAUCAAACUGCAUUUCCCUGUCUCUCUCUUAUACGCUCUCCGAUCGGUCCCAGCUGCACUGGACCAAGUCUAGGGGAGGAUUUGGUGUUGUCUCUCAUGUGGGUGAGUCACUGCCCACGAGGGCCCGGUUUGUCAUUGAAUGUUCAACUGUGACAAACCGUACAGACCAAAAGCUGAGCGGAGAGCCCGGAGCAGAGAGUGUCUGCAGCCCCGAGAUUUAAAGUGUCACCUCUGAUCCACACAGGGAGUGGUCUGCUAUUUCAACACUCUGUUCUGUCCAUACUGUGAAUUCUAGCCAUUGCCACCCUUUCUGACACUCUAGCUGAUCAAAAUUCACACUGUUCAGAGCUACUUUACACCACAUGCAGUGCUGCUCUGCUGAACCACAGGACUGUCUGAGUCAGGAGCAAUGUGAGAAUGUAAUGAUGAGGUGAAUUAGCGCUUUCUAAAGGCACUGAACAAGGAGAAAGCCAAACGUUCUCUUUUUUAUGUUGAAGGUGAGCGCUCUUCGUUGCAUAUUUGAUAAACAGGAGUCUUUUAAUAUUAAAAGUGGGCAAUUAUCACACUCUGGUUUGAUCCAUUAGUGUGUGAUAAAACAUCAGUGUUCAUUUAGGGAGGUCUGAAGUUCAGCAUAAAACAUCAACUACACCACUAUUACUGAACUGCACUAAAUAAAUAAAUAAAGUGCUUUCAGGCUAAGAUCAAAAGUGUUUGAUAUGCAGGGAUCAUAUCUGCUCCAGCAGUACACUGACAUGCCAAAUGUAAUGGGAUAGGAACUCGUAUCAUGUCCUAUCAUGUCUUUUGCCAUGUCCUUUCUGUUUUGUAAGCUAGAGAUUGCUGCAGUGAACUGCAGGAUGAUAUGUGAGUGAUAUGAAUGAUCAUAUCAAUAUCAGUAUCACUAGCAUCCACUGAGUGGUAAUGCAUUAUACUCCUGGUGCACAUUGUUUGAAUUCUCCUAAUUUGGAUCAUUCAUUUAUGUGCACACUGACAAGUGUAAAGCCUCACUCACAACAAGAUAACACCUCGCAACGUAUACCUUACAGGUGUUUGUUCCCAAGCCAUUUGCCAUCUAAGGGAACAUUUCAUUCAUAUGGUCAAUUUACUGCAAAAUACGGCUAUCCCAUGACUUUUGACAAGUCAGCAUACAGUAAAGCUCUGGAAAAAAAUAAGAGACCACUUUAGAAGCAGUGUGUAAGACUGGUGGAGGAGAGCAUGCCAACAUGCAUGAAAACUGUUAUUAAAAACCAGGGUUAUUCCACCAAAUAAUGAUUUCUGAACUCUUAAAACUUUAUGAAUAUGAACUUGUUUUCUUUGCAUUAUUUGAGGUCUGAACGCUCUGCAUCUUUUUUGUUAUUUCAGACAUUUCUUAUAUUUUGCAAAUAAAUGCUAUAAGUGACAAUAUUUUGGGGAUAAUUUGGGAGAAAUGUUGUCCGUAGUUUAUAGAAUAAAACAGCAAUGUUUAUUUUACUCAAACAUAAAUAUAAAUAGCAAAACCAGAAAAAAACUGAUUCAGAAACUGAAGUGGUCUCUUAAUUUGUUUUCAGAUUUGUUUUAAAAUGAAUAAAUAAUGUAUUUACUGUACUCUGGAGAUAAUAAGGGAAUGUUAAGGUGAUGAUUGGCUGCUCUGUGAAAAUGUAAUCAAUCUGCAAUUUAUUCUUUUUAUUAAUUUGACUGCAUUUGUAGCCCUAUACAGGUUGCACUUAUCUGUAAUGCGAAUCCAGCUGGAUUUAGUCACAGUUUCUACAUUUUAUAAAUGUGUAUAUUUUGGCAUCCACUGAUAUGUACGUGUCAAAUAUUAGAUAUCAUAAUAUGCCCAGAAAUUCCCUAUCAGUGUAUCCCUGCUGAUCACACUUUCUUGGCGUCUGACAGAACAUUACCUAAUAGCUAAGAAAUUAUCAAAACGACUGAUUUUUUUUUUUACUGCAGACAGACACUUGCCUUUUCUAGUCAUAAAUCAGACUCUCCUGUGCUCAGGCUCUGAUUGGUCAGACGCGUCUGGCUGAGCUUGGGCAAUGCACUGAUGUGUGAUGUUCACAUUACUGACAGGUUCUCCUUCAGAUAUGAAAAAUUGAUUGUUCCAGAGGAAAGGCAGAUGGGCCGCAGAGAGACUGAUAGCACUGUUGGUUCUAAACAACAUCCAUUUCUUUCAUUAUUACUACUCUAAGGGCUAAACUGCAGGAGUGUGCCAAACUUAAUGGACAUUCCGAUGGAGACCAAUCUGUACUGCACUGUACUGGUGUUAUUGUCAGUUUAUUUCUGUUCAUAUCUAUUGUGUACUUUUAAUAGUAUGGUGAACACAGUGACAUAGCGAAAAAGGCCUUCCUUUUCAGUUUAAGUAUAACUUAAGUAUGAGAUCUACUCUAAACUACUCUUAGUUUUAACAGUAAUGCCUUUGGAGGAAACAGAGAAAGAGAGAGAAAGAGAUGAUACUUUUUAUCCUAAGUGUUAUUUUAUAAUGUGCUACAGGAUUCGCCACUAAUCAGCACACACUGUGGUUCACAAUUGAUGUUCAGUGCUUUUAAAUGUUGAAGUGUUACCACAAUGAAUCUGUCAGCUGUAAAAAAACAGUACUGUUAUUUAACAUGA